AUUGGUAGCCGGGUUUGUCGAUCGGAGUAGCGUUUGGUCGCCCAGUGUUCCGCUGUGUCGGAAUUGAGGGGACGCUAAAAUCAGAGGAAAAAAACUUCUGCCAUAAGAAAAAGUUUAUGUUGGGGUUUUCAGGUUCUCCGGACGUCCACAUGAAGUCCAAGCUAAACAUGGAGAGUUUGACCAAGCCGGAGCUGCUGAUGCUUUUCAGCGUCCUGGAGGGAGAGCUGGAGGCACGAGACCUAGUUAUUGAUGCCCUGAAGGCCCAGCGUAAGGAUCUGUUUGUCCAGGAGCGUUAUGGGCGGUACAACCUCAGCGACCCGUUCUUGGCCCUGCAGAGAGAUGGUGAGGUUGUGGGAGGUCAGAGCAAAGAUACAAACUGUUUGCCCACUGCCUCCAAUCCACUGGUGGUUCUGAAGCUGGUGGUGAACCACUGCAAAAGGAUGAGGGAAAAGAUGUUGGCCCAGCUGGCUGCAGCUGAGAGCAGGCACAGAAGGGUUAUUGCAGACCUGGAGGAGGAAAAGAGGAGACACGCUGAAGACACAGCUGAGGGAGACGAUGUCACCUACAUCCUGGAGAAAGAGAGAGAGCGCUUACAGCAACAGCUGGAGUUUGAGCGUAGCCAGGUCCGGCGUUUGGAAAAAGAUCAGCGACGGAUCACUGACCAGCUAGAAGAAGAACGGUCUCAGCACAAGCAGCUCUCCUGUGCCUUGGCCAAAGAGUGUAAAUGGGCCAGUGCCAGGGCUCUGGAGGAUGGUCAUCGGGUGACGGAACUAAAUCGCAAACUGGAAAAGGAAAAAGAGACUUGCCAGGUGUUAAGAAAAGAGCUGGAGGAUGAAAGGAAGAGAGCCCUGAGGAUGGAGGCCAGAGUUGAGGAGCAGUUGGCUGAGUUCGACACGGAGCGAGAGCAACUCCGCUCACGUCUAAAGAAAGAGGAGGCUCAGUGCCAUCAGCUGAAACAGCAGGUAGAAGAUUUGAGGCGAAACAUGGAGGAAAUGAACUUGAUCGGAGGUCAAAGUCCAAGACAUACAACCACAAACCCCAUUAAGGUGGAUGAUAUUGAGAAAGAUAAAAGCCACCCCCCCGAACAACCAAAAGUCAGUGGUCACCAUUGUCCAGUGGAGAUCAAUGGGCACCACGAUCCACACAACACCUUCUCGGAGAAGGCGUGUCUUCAGAACGGGGUUGAAAGUCCUCCAGUCUGUCAGUCUCAGAUCUUACCAGGGUCUCCUACUACAAUGCCACCUACUCAGUCGUCCUGCGCCACCCCUGUUCUCACCAAAUGCGUGGCAGGAAACCCGCUCAAUCCUGGAAACUACCAGUCUACCUACCAGGCCGGGAUCAACCAAAGAUUCCAUGCUGCUCGCCAUAAGUUCCAGGGUACAGGCGAUCAGGAACCUCCAUCCGUGUUCACUCAAACUGCUCUUCCUCUUUCUCCAAAGGAACCCUCCUGUGUACCCCCCACCAUCACUCCUGAAACCAGCCCAGUCAAGCAGAUGGCCCGCAGCACCGUCACUCAGGUGCUGUCUCGCUUCACUACAGUCCAACAGAAUGCUGCACCAAAACUCACCACGCCAAACAAUUCACCCUUCGGUACCGACUACCGCAGCCUGGCAGCGCCCUUGUCUCCGGUUGUCGGAAGGGCGACAGGAGCGAUUCAGCAGGGGAUGAGAUCACCGGUCAUUUCCAGAGCUGACAGGGGGAAUCCUCCCCCCAUUCCUCCAAAGAAGCCCGGUCUUGCCCAGGCUCCUCCCUCCCCAGCUGCAGUACCCAGGUCUGUGGGUCAUUUCUCUGACGGCCCCCUCACAGGCAGCUGUGGGCUGACCUCUGGUCAGGAGGGGGUGAAAGAACUGGACAUGGUGGUGUCAUCUAAUUAGUAGAUCGCAAAAAAAAACACACUAAUCAGCUGCUGGUUAUCAGAUUAAAACUCACACUCAUCACCAUGUCUUUAUUUUAACACUGUGGUGCUGUUGGUAUUUAUUAGACUUGUGUAAAAGUCUGAAGGCAUUAUUUUUAUGGUCGGUGCUAACGAGAAGCUGCAUCUGAAUCUUUUACAGCAUUAUAAGGAACAUCCAGUCUAUACUAGUAAGUAUUUAACAUAUAGUGGUUGUACAUUAUCUUUGGACCAAGGUUUGGUUUACAGUCACAGUAUUGUACAGUUACAGGUACACAUUCACAGUAUAUGGAAUGUAUAAUAUAGUAUUAUUUUGUAUAGAGGGUGUGUAAAUAACUUUACAUAUCCAGUCACUGCUCAAUCAUCAUCACUAAUAUAACAUUGUUCAUAAUCCUCUCUGAGAACACUAGAUUACAGGUUGAAUUAAUCAGUGCUUUUACUGUGUUACUGGCUCAUUUAUUAAGUCAUAUUUUAUUUUUUGAUGUUACAAAAACCCUCAUGUUAUAGUAAUAUAAACCGUGAAAUGUCUCAACUGAGCUCAUUAUAAUCAUUCACCAUAGGAAGUGUGUGCAGGCUUUAUACCAGACAUUCCCCUGAUUGCAUUAAUUCCUAGUCACCGAGCAGUUCUUUGUGCAAUAUGUACUUAAAAAUGUCCAUAUGUACCUGCAUUUUCUAUAUUAUUUCUAGAAAACAAUCAUUUAAAAUAUCUGUUAAUACUGAUAUCAUCCAAAAACUCUAAUCACAAAUCAUAUGCUUUUUAUAUUUCUCUUUGCAAAUUUACCAAGAAUUAACGUAACUUCUUUUAAUGACAUACUAAACAGU